CAACAGGACCCCAUCGCCUCUCAAUCACCCGCCGCCGCCUCUCCUUCCCUCCGUUUUCUCGACCUCGCACCUCACCUUGCACCUCCUCUCGUCCUCAUGGCUUCCCGAGCAGGGCCUGCAGCAAGCCGCGGCGUGACCGGCCGCUUCGCGCAGUUUAAGUUGGUGCUACUAGGCGAAUCCGCCGUCGGAAAGAGCUCUAUAGUCCUGAGAUUCGUCAAGGAUCAAUUCGAUUCGUAUAGGGAAUCGACUAUCGGCGCCGCCUUCCUAACGCAGACCAUCUCGCUCGACGAGAACACUACCGUCAAGUUCGAGAUAUGGGAUACCGCCGGCCAGGAGCGGUACAAGUCCCUCGCGCCUAUGUACUACCGAAAUGCGAACUGCGCCGUCGUCGUCUACGAUAUUACCCAGUCGUCGUCGCUGGACAAGGCCAAAGCGUGGGUGAAGGAGCUGCAGAGGCAAGCGAACGAGAACAUCAUCAUCGCCCUGGCCGGGAACAAGCUGGAUCUGGUGAACGAGCAGCCGGACAAGCGGGCAGUGCCGGCCGCCGACGCCGAGGCGUACGCCAACGAGGCUGGAUUGCUGUUCUUCGAGACCUCGGCCAAGACGGCGGAGAACGUCCGCGAACUAUUUACAGCGAUUGCCAAGAAGCUGCCGCUCGACCAGGUCGGGCCUCGACAUACCCGGCCGGGACAACGACCGGGAGGCGUGAGUCUGACGCCUGAGGGAGCGAACACGCAAUCGGGCGGGCAGUGCAGCUGCUAGAGGCGUUCCCGGAGGCCGGCGGAUCGUCUUGGGGUCUGGUGUAGCGGAGGGGUGGGGGUGCCUCGCAUCAUGCUGCUCUUCCCGCUGCGAGGCUGGCCGCUCAUUCUUGUAUCUCUGUUCCCGUGGCUUAGAUGCGACUCUCAGGCGGCUAGUCUGGCGCGGCAGCUGAGAGACUGCGUGCUUGACAAUGCGACGGUUGGCCCCGCGUAGUC